GGCCUCCACGCAAAGAAAAAAAUAAUAAUUAAAGACACUAAAACCAUUGGUUUCAGGUCGCUUUUGUUGACAGGUGACUUUGUCGUUACGACAGAGCUAAACGACUAAUCUAGACAUGCAAUUAGAUAGAGGACUUCUCUCAAUAAUACAUCACAGAGUCAAAGUCGGACCACACUCCGUAACACACGUAAUUUGUCAUAUGAGAGGCGGAUUUAAUGGGACAUAAUUGAAUGAACGGCAAGGAUUCAUUUUUAUCCCACCACAAAAAGGAGAAAGAAUUCAAUGUCACACAGCGCGUUGUUGUCCCCUUCGCAGGCAUAGCGGGUGGGUCAUCAUCGGCCGCACUCUUCCCAGACCGAUAAAUGGUGCAUUGCACGCACUAUCGUCCACUACUACCAUCCGAAGAAGAGAGGCCUCGGUCUCGGAGAAUAAGCAUUAUUUUCUGGUCAUUCUCUUUGAUGUACUUCUGUCGUUCAUAUCAGACUAGAGGAGCUGCUACCCUUGCACGGAAGUUGAUCUUUUUUUAUUAUAUGGUUUGGGUGGGAGGAGAAAGAGGGGGGAAGGAGUGGUCUGUCGAUUUGAUCCGUUGCCGUUCGCUGCGGAAGCAGAGCCGAGCGGAGACGCCGUGAUAUCUCGCCGCCGGUGGAUUGAGCGAGAUUUGAGCCCUCGGAAAAGGGCGGACUUGGUCCUGGAAUCAUGUCGCAGACCAAUUGGGAAGCUGAUAAGAUGUUGGAUGUGUACAUCUACGAUUAUUUGAUGAAGAGAGACCUGCAGGCGACUGCAAAGUCCUUUCAAGCUGAAGCCAAGGUGUCGUCGGAUCCAGUGGCUAUUGAUGCUCCUGGUGGUUUUCUGUUCGAGUGGUGGUCUGUGUUCUGGGAUAUUUUUAUUGCAAGGACAAACGAAAAACACUCUGAUGCUGCUGCCUCUUACAUCGAGACUCAACAUCUAAAGGCAAGAGAGCAGCAACUGCAGCAACCAUCUCAACAGCAGCAGCAGCAACAAAUUCAAAUACAACAACUUUUAUUGCAGAGGCAGGCGCAGCAACAGCAUCAGCAUCAACAACAGCAGCAGCCACAGCGUAGAGAGGGAUCUCAGGUUUUGAAUGGCAAUGCCAGUGGGCUUGUCAGUGCUGAUCCCUUGAUGCGCCAGAAUCCUGGAACAGCUAAUGCCUUGGCAACAAAAAUGUACGAGGAACGGCUGAAGUUGCCACUUCAAAGGGACUCUUUGGACGAGGCAUCGAUUAAGAGAUUUGGUGAACAUGUGGGUCAGGUCAUGGACCCAAACCAUGCUUCCCUGCUGAAGUCAGCUGCAGCCCCUGGACAACCUUCAGGGCAUGUUUUGCAUGGUUCGGCUGGUGGUCUAUCAGGACCUCUGCAGCAGGUUCAGGCUAGGAAUCAACAGCUUCCUGGAUCAUCACAGGACAUAAAGAGUGAGAUUAGUCCAGUUCUGAACCCCAGAGCUGCAGGUCCUGAUGCUUCAUUAAUUGGAGUUCCAGGGCCUAAUCAGGCUGGCAACAAUCUGACUCUGAAAGGCUGGCCCCUGAAUGGUCUAGAUCAAAUUCGUCCAGGGCUUUUGCAACAGCAAAAGUCAUUUAUGCAAUCACCUCAGUCGCUUCAUCAACUCCAGUUUCUAAGUCCGCAUCAACAGCAGCUACUGCUUCAGGCACAGCAAAAUCUGAAUUCUCCAUCAGCUGCAGAUAUUGAUAACAGAAGGCUAAGAAUGCUUCUGCAUAACAGGAACAUGGUCUUGGGGAAGGAUGGCCAGUCAAAUGCCCUUAAUGAUGUCAUUCCAAAUGUGGGAUCUUCCAUGCAAACUCCAAGUCCUCUAAUGUCCCGGACAGAUUCAGAUUUGCUAAUAAAGAAAAUAGCUCAGUUGCAGCCACGACAGCAAAGCAGCAGCAGUCAACAACAUGCUCUUUCAAGUCAUCAAUCACAAAAUUCAAAUCACCUUCUUCAUCAGGAAAAACUUGGAACAGCCAGUAUGACAGUUGAUGGAAGCAUGUCAAAUUCCUUUAGAGGGACUGAUCAGACUUCAAAUAAUCAAACCGGCCGGAAACGAAAACAGCCUGUGUCAUCCUCAGGUCCUGCCAAUAGCUCAGGAACUGCAAAUACAGCUGGGCCUUCUCCAAGCUCUGCACCCUCAACACCAUCAACUCAUACACCAGGAGAUGUGAUAUCAAUGACACAAUUGCAACAUAAUGGUGGCUCAUCUAAGCCUUUGGUUAUGUUUGGUGAUGGGCCUGGUUCUUUGACAUCUCCAACCAACCAGUUGGCUGACAUGGAUCGUUUUGUGGAGGAUGCUUCUUUGGAUGAUAAUGUGGAGUCAUUUCUAUCUCAUGAUGAUGCUGAUCCAAGAGAUGUGGUUGGUCGCUCUAUGGAUUCUGCAAAAGCAAUUGCUCUUUCAGGUUUCAUGUUUAAUGAGAUCUCAUCAGCCAAAGCAAGUACAAACAAAGUGGUUUGCUGCCACUUCUCCUCAGAUGGAAAGCUCCUUGCAACUGGAGGCCAUGAUAAAAAGGCUGUUUUGUGGCAUGCUGAUGAUUUAAAACUCAAAUCAACACUGGAGGAGCACACACUGCUGAUUACUGAUGUUCGUUUUAGUCCUAGCAUGCCACGCCUAGCUACCUCAUCAUUUGACAAGACUGUCAGAGUCUGGGAUGUUGAUAAUCCAGGCUAUUCACUACGGACUUUUACUGGCCAUUCUGCUUCUGUCAUGUCUCUCGACUUUCACCCAAGUAAAGAGGAUCUCAUUUGUUCUUGUGAUGGCGAUGGAGAAAUGCGUUAUUGGAGUAUAAAUAAUGGUAACUGUGCCGGAGUUUUUAAGGGUGGAACAACUCAAAUGAGGUUUCAACCUCGUCAGGGUAGGUAUCUUGCUGUUGCUGCCGAGAACACCAUAUGCGUACUAGAUGUUGAGACACAAGCUCGCAGACAUUUACUACAGUCGCUGGAAAUCUGGGACAUGAAUGAGAACAAGACCAUGACUCUUACUGCACACGAUGGCUUGAUUGCAGCGUUGGCAGUAUCAAAUGUGACCGGAGUUAUAGCAUCUGCAAGUCAUGACAAGUGUGUCAAGCUCUGGAAGUGACCUCUGAGCUAGCUGAUGGUGUUGUAAAGUGACCAUGACUUUACUGCAGAGGCUGCAAUCUCCUUGUUCAUGUUUGACAUCAGGUGGUGGCGUCAAGAAAGACUGUAGUUUUCUGUGAGAUAUGAUGAAAUCUCAUGUUAUAUUAUCUUAGGUUGUCUCAAUUACUAAGUUAAACAGAUGUUGUAUUAACCAGGUGUUGUAUCCCAUUCAUUGGUUUCUGCUUGGUCUGCUAUCGUUUGCCCGGGUGCGAUUUGAUUAAUCUCCGAUCAUCUACAUGGUUGUUGUAUCAUACAACGAUUUCAACUAGCAAAGAAAAAACGAGGGAUAAGCUCUCUUGUUCUCAAACA